AUGUCUUACGCCUACUCUUAUUACGACAUGGAAAAUGCUCCGGUCUACGUCACUUUGAGAAACUCCAUAUUCUCUGCCCAUAAUGGUGAAACUGUUGCUAUUCCUAUUGGACAAUUGACCAGCUGGCAUGAAUUCCUUUACUGCCUUAGUGCUUAUUUCCCACCAUCUGUGUCUAAGCACCUUAGCACCGGCCGCUGGGAAUUGGUCACUGCCAUUGAUGAUAUGCUCAUUACUCCAGAAAACUGGGCUAUGAUGAUUAGACCUGGUAUGCGACUUAUUUUGAAAAGUGGUGUCAAUGGUUCCUAUUUGCCAACCAUCAUGUCUGGUGGUUUGUACGGUUAUGGUGCUGAUCCUUAUUUCAAUGGUCUUACUCCUCGCUCCGGAAUGGUAAUGGGUGGUGUGGGAAUGAAUGGAGUGUAUCCAGCUGCUGGUAUGGCGAGAAGAAGAAGAAGAAGAAGCAGUUUAACAAAUUGGUUUUUAAGCUGA